ACGCAGGUCGCCAUGGUGGCACUGGAGGAGGAGGAAACAUGUCUAUGCCUUGCCCGACAACUGGAAGCGUACGGCGAGUCCGUCUUCAAAGCAGUAACUCCGUGCCGCACUCCAGUUCUCCGACCCUCAGCGAUAUCUCAAAUAUCCGUUUCACUCCGCGUAAUCCGUCCAUUAUCUCCUCGGUGAGCCAAGCACCGCAUAACCAACCGCCCAGCGAUCGCCAGAUGUUCUUGGAACCCAGCACCGUCAUGCCUAUCAAGCAGGAGUGGUCAAACAGUAGCCGAAUACUGCCCUCGUUGACACCGCACAGCCAGGGACCGGGAUCGCAGGCGGGCAGCGAUGUUGGGGAUCACUCUUUACCCCCUCCCAGUUCGUCCUUGUCCCACUAUGCCAGCAGCUUUAACUCCCUCUCGCCCUUCCCUGUGGAAUACUCGCCGUCCGGGUCCAGCUUCGCGAGUCCGCGCCACUCGGCGCGCUCUUCGCGCUCACGUAAGCGAGCCCUGUCCCUCUCUCCUCUCUCAUCCGACGAUUUUAACUCAAUGAUCAGGACAAGUCCGACGUCCUUAGUUGCGUAUAUAAUCGGUUCUCGUGGCUCGUCGGCUUCAAUAUCGCCCUCGCCUGGCUUGCUCGCAGGCGAUUACGGACAUUUGUCAGCUCGUAAUAGUAGCAGCCCGAUGUCCCAAUCCUCAUCUGGGAACCAUCCCUCGUAUCAUAUUCCGAGAGCAAACACAGGGGACGUGUCUCCGCCCCCUUAUCACCCGCCUAAAUCAAACAUUGGGUACUCGUACAAUAACGGUAGCAUGGGCCCACCGCAGAUGGAACCUAUGGAACAAUCCUCAAUGUACACUAUGCCUCAGAUGGAAGGGCAGCUGGUGGUCCAGCCUCGCAACGAGGUCAUCCAACAGGAAUUCCAGAACUACAACCCCAACGCAUAUACGCAAAGCCACCAACACCAGCAGUACAAGCAGGAGCCCAUAGACUCGUACCCUGACACAGAGAGCACGUACUCGCAAAGUACUACCUUCUCCCAGCAGUCGUCGUACCCUCAAACCUCAUCUAACCCUCCCUACUCGCAGCAUACCUCCCAGCCUGCCAGUUAUUCCGAGACGGCUACUUUCUCCCCGCCUCACCAACCCAAUGGGUAUCAAAUCCCUUCUGCGUACCACUCACCGGGUACUCCUUACCAGCAGCAGCAGCAGCAGCAGCAAGCCAACAUGCAGCAAUCUCAAUCAGCGAUGACUGGCCACACUCUUCCAUCCCACAUGCCCCCGCCGCCGUCUUACUCUCAGCAUUUCGAAUCGCAGCAGUCGCCAACGGGAAUGACGUCCCAGGUCAACUCCCCCGGGUCGAUUGCAAGCACGGCCAAGUCCAGCCUGGAAAUGGACAGUGAGAGGGUUCACAUUUGCCGCUGGAUCGACUGUAGCUCCGUCUUCGAGGAUCAAGAGGAUAUGGUCAGACACAUUGAGAAGGUUCACAUUGAUCAGAGGAAAGGGGAAGAUUUCACCUGUUUCUGGCAAGCAUGCACGAGACGCUACAAACCGUUCAACGCUCGCUAUAAACUCCUCAUUCACAUGAGGGUGCAUUCAGGAGAGAAACCCAACAAGUGUACGUUUGAGGGGUGCAACAAAGCCUUCUCCCGUCUUGAGAAUCUUAAGAUACACCUUCGCUCACACACCGGCGAGAAGCCUUACAUUUGUACUCAUCCCGGCUGCACCAAGGCGUUCAGUAACUCAUCCGAUCGAGCGAAACAUCAGAGGACACAUCUGGAUACGAAACCUUAUGCGUGUCAAAUACCAGGAUGCACGAAGAGAUACACAGAUCCCAGCUCGCUACGGAAGCAUGUCAAAGCCCACACGGCAAAAGACCAACAAGCUAGAAAGAAGUUGCGGACACGAGAUGAAUUUGGUCAUCCACAAGACAUCCUAACGGAUUGUCUGACGAUUCAGCCACUUCAUCACCCAAUCUCUCUUGCCGAUAGUCCCAUGGAGCUCAGUGACAGUGGGCUAGGGAGGUCGCCUCAUUCAUCCAUGCCUGGUACCUCAUCAGACAUGUACCCUGGUAUUUUCUCCAGUGCUCAGUCGAGUCGUAGUGGGACGGCGACGGGGGCGUCCAGCUACAGCAAUCAUCCAUCCCCAGUUCACAGCAUGGGAAGUCCUCAUAACACGACAUCACACUCCGUUGGGAACUUGGACGACAGUAGAGAAAGGGUUGUGGUUUACCCUCAUCCUCCGAUGAGUACACUGAGUCCAACGAGGCGGACCUUCCCACCUUCUCUUCUCCCAAGAAGGAUACCCCAAGGGCUGAGUUCCAUCCCCCUCAAGCCACGACCUCCUACAUCAUCCCCAAAUAACACCACCCCAAGAAUACAAAUCCAGCUCCCCGCCAAACCACCCCCUCUGACAGCCCCUUCCCCCGCCCUAACCCUCCCCUCCCAGUCCAUGUCAGCCUCCGUCCCACCCUCCGCCGCCCAGACAGAGGCGCAGCUCCGCCGGGCGAUGCCCCCUCCCAUCAGCCAGCAGAGACUUCUACAGGGGCGUCCCAGUCUGACGUUCCAGCCCCUUCAGCCUAUGCCCAGGCCUUCCACCAACAACAACAACUACAAGCAGCUGAGACAGAUACAGAGUCCGAGGGGGCUGUACCCAAUACCGACCUUCGAGGAGACGCUGUCACCAACGAUGGCCCAGUACGAGGCGAUAGAAAGAGUACUGUCGGCGCACUCCAGCUCUGAGCGAGGGAAUGCCGGAGACUUGCCAGGCAGUCCGGGAGAGUUCAGCAUUUUAAGCGCCACGCAUUCCCUCGACGAUAAUCCAAUCUUCCAGAUGAACGCCAUUGAUCGAUGCCCGAGCCAACUAUCUGCCGUCUAUGCUGACGGCCCAUCGUAACCCUGCACCAUACUCCUCUUUGAUUGGUGGAUCCACUUGAAACCUCAUCACUGAUUGGUUGGAUUUGGAAGAGUGAUGACGAUGGAUAGAAGAGAGUCUGCUAUUGGUCAGGAGAAUGGAAAGGAGGCAGCUGAUUGGAUAGACUGAGGUUGAAUAACACGCAUUUCAGACAGGCGCUCCAAACCAAAUUCUGAAUUAAGUACAUGAAAAAGUUGACGUCUGACAGGUUGGAGCAACUGGACAAGCUAGAAGUCGGAAGAUCGACUGUUGCAGUCCUUCAGAACGGCUCUGGAGCGCCUUGGUUUCAGACGUCGAUCUUGUCAUGA